CCCGCCGAAGCGCCUGAAGAAUGGUGCUGCGACAGGCGYAAUUAAUUAAGUCCUGCAGGAGUCGGCAGGCAUUAAAGCGCGCUUUGGAUUGUCCGCUGGUUGCCCCCAAUGAAAGCCACCUGUGGGCGGCUAUUUUCGGCCUGGCAGCCCGCCAGGGAAGCAAAACCGCAUCCAGUGGCCCGCUGCUGUCACGCUGACAAUGCUAGUCGCGCUGCUUUUCUGGGUUUUCCUUGCGGGGGGCGCAGCCCCGAACCCCGCCAGGGUCGGAGUGUUUUUCGAGGGGGCGCAGCCCCUGGACGGCUGGGACCUGCCGCAACUGGAACUGGCGAGCCUGCAGGAGCCCGAAGCCGAUGGCCUGGCCGCCGUUAACGCCUGUAAGUGCUUUGGCAGUCCAACAGGUGAGCAGUUUGAAGCAGCAGUGAAAAGUGGGGUUUGUGCAGUCUGCGCAGCGGCCGGCGAAGGGUUCUCGGCAGUGCUGGGGCCGCCGCUGGGGCGGGGGGCCGAGACGCUGGAGUCGCUGUGCGCGCGGCUGCAGAUCCCCUUCAUCCAGACGCGCUGGGCGCCCAGGCGCCCCCCRGCCGCGCCCACCAGCUUCAACGUGUACCCCGACGCCGACCUGCUGGCGCAGGGGCUGGCCGCCCUUGUGGCCAGCCUGGACUGGGAGCACUUCGUGCUGCUCUACGAGGGCGACCUGGCCAUGCUGCAGGACGUGCUCAAGCUGCAGCAGUUCCGGCCCGACAGCCGCAAGAACAGCGUCAUGCUGAGGAAACUGGGCGCCGGCCCCGAUCACCGGGCGCUGCUCAAGGAGGUGGCGGCGCAGAACGUGCGCCGAGUGGUGCUGCAUUGCGCGCCCCGGAAGGUGCGGGCGCUGCUGCAGCAGGGCAUGGAGGUGGGGCUGUUGAGCGACUUCUCCACCAGCGUUUUCCUAAGCGACCUGGACGCCCACACUUUGGACUUCAGCCAUCUGGAGAUCGAGGCGAAUGUGACGGCGGUGCGGCUGUCGCCCGCCAAAGWGCCCCUGGCGGARGCGCUGCAGCGCGACGCCCUGCUGCUGCUGGCCCGGGCGCUGCAGGGGGGCGCCGACGCGCCYCUUAGGAACUGCAGCGCGCGUCUGGGCCCUUCGGGCCUCGUGGCCGCGCUGCAGCAGGCGGCGGUGCUGGAGGGCGUCACCGGGGAGCUGCGCCUGGAGAACGGGCGGCGCGACUGGUUCGAGCUGCAGCUGAUCGAGGUGCGCAGCCCCCGCAAGCCCAUCGGGCUGUGGAGCGCCAGCCGCCCCCGCCACGUGCAGCUGACGCGCAACGCCACUGAAAUAGAGCGCGAGUUCCGAGAGCGGAUGCGCACCCACAACUUCAUCGUCAGCUCCAAGCUGGGGGAGCCCUGGCUGAUGCCCAGCGGGGUCGGCGGCGCCUCGGGCAACGCCCGCUACGAGGGCUACGCCAUGGAUCUGAUCGCGGAGGUGGCGCACCUGAUGGGCGUCCAGUUCCAGUUCGUGCUGACGCCCAACGACUCCACCCAGGGCAUCGUGGACGACCUGAUGAGGCGGAGGGCCGACCUGGGCGUGUGCGACUUCACCAUCACGCAGGAGCGCAGCGAGCUGAUCGACUUCAGUCUCCCGAUCAUGUCCUUGGGCAUCAGCAUCCUGCACAAGGAGACCGAGCAGGAGGCGAUCGACAACAUGUACGGCUUCAUGCGCCCCUUUUCCAUCAACGUGUGGCUGCACACGAUCACCCUCUACCUGGUGCUCUCCAUAGCGAUCCUGCUGAUCGCCCGCCUGGACCCCGACGACUGGGAGAACCCCCACCCGUGCAACCCGCGCCCCGACGAGCUGGAGAACAUCUGGGGCUUCAAGAACUGCCUGUGGCUCACGCUCGGCUCCAUUAUGACGCAGGGCUGCGACAUCCUGCCCAAGGGGAUUUGCUCGCGCGUGGCCACUGCGAUGUGGUGGUUCUUCUCGCUGAUCAUGACCAGCACGUACACAGCGAAUCUGGCCGCUUUCCUGACAAUGUCCCGCAAAGAGGAGGCCAUCAAGAGCGUGGAGGACCUGGCCAAUCAGAACAAGGUCAAGUACGGGGUGAUGUCCAACGGGUCGACGCAGGCGUUCUUUCAAACGUCAGGCAACAGUCUCUAUCAGAAGAUGUGGGCGACGAUGAAAAACGAGAAUCCGACGGUGUUCGAGAGCACCAAUGCGAAGGGGGUGGAGCGCGUGCUCAGCACCAAAAAGGGGCUCUACGCGUUCUUUAUGGAGUCGGCGCAGAUCGAGUUCGAGCUGGCGCGCCACUGCGGCCUCAAAAAGAUCGACCAGUACCUGGACAGCAAAAGCUACGGCAUCGGGAUGCCAUUGGGGGCGGACUACAGGCGCAGCAUCAACUCGGCGGUGCUGCAGCUGCAGGAGAACGGCAAAAUCCUGGAGCUGAAGGCCAAGUGGUGGAAGCGCGGGGCGGUCGAGUGCGCGCAGGGCGGGGCCGAGGGCAACAAGGACGAGCUGGGACUGGCCAAUGUGGGGGGCGUGUUUGUGGUGCUGGCCGCCGGGAUCCUGCUGGCGCUGUUCUUCGCCAUCGGCGAGUUCCUGUGGAACGUCUACAGCAUCGCGGUGCAGGAGCAGAUGGGGUACCUGGAGGCGCUGCGCAGCGAAGCAAAGUUCGCCUGCAACCUCGGGGUGACGCGCAAGGCGGCCAAGCCCGCCUUGUCGGCGCCCCCAUCCGAACAGGGCGACGCCGACGGCAUGGAGCGCUGCAUCCUGGCGGGCGCCGGCUCCGUGCUGAACAUCAACGCCAGCCUCCUGAACCGCCUGGGGCGCCAAUAAAACGCCAGUGUUACCAGAGCCCCAUUUAAUACAACUCACUUUCACGUGUUGAUCCCGUA